GUCGCCCCCGCGCAGCGCCGUUCCCGGUCCGCCUUUUCCCGGAAGAAAGAUGGCCGCGGCCUAGGAGCGUCCCGUCGGAGGCGUCACGGGCGCUCGGGCCCCGCUCGGCCGAUCCUGGGCGAGGGGAGGGAGGCCGCUCCUGGCCGCACUUGCAGCCCGUCCUGCAGUCCGGACCCGGGCGGCCAUGGCGUGCGGGCGGGUCCCCCUCAGUGGCCUGGCUCCUCACUGCCUCUGGCUCUUGGGGGUCAUCCUUCUGAUGGAUGUGUCUGCGCGGCCUGCCAACCACUCCUCUGCUCGGGAGAGAGCCGGCAGCAAGGAUGAGCCUGAGCUCCUGCCCCCGGACCACCUGAACGGGGUGAAGCUGGAGAUGGACGGGCACCUCAACAAGGACUUCCAUCAGGAGGUCUUCCUGGGGAAGGACAUGGACGGGUUUGAGGAGGAUGCAGAGCCGCGGAGGAGCAGGAGAAAGCUGAUGGUCCUCUUCUCCAAGGUGGACGUGAACACGGACCGGAGGAUCAGUGCCAAGGAGAUGCAGCGCUGGAUCAUGGAGAAGACGGCGGAGCACUUCCAGGAGGCCGUGGAGGAGAGCAAGGUGCACUUCCAGGCCGUGGACCCCGAUGGCGACGGCCACGUGUCAUGGGACGAGUACAGGGUGAAGUUUCUGGUGAGCAAAGGCCACAGCGAGCAGGAAGUCAUGGAGAAGCUGAGGAGCGGGGAGGAGCUGAAAGUCGGCGAGGAGACACAGGAAGUGCUGGAGAACCUCAAGGACCGCUGGUAUCAGGCGGACAGCCCCCCCUCGGAUCUGCUUCUGACCGAGGACGAGUUCCUGUCCUUCCUGCACCCUGAGCACAGCCGCGGCAUGCUCAAGUUCAUGGUCAAGGAGAUCGUCCGAGACCUGGACCAGGACGGCGACAAGCAGCUCUCCCUGCCCGAGUUCAUCUCUCUGCCCGUCGGCACAGUGGAGAACCAGCAGGGCCAGGACAUCGAUGACAGUUGGGUCAGAGACCGAAAAAAAGAGUUUGAGGAACUGAUCGAUGCCAACCAUGAUGGGAUCGUGACCAUGGCUGAGCUGGAGGACUACAUGGACCCUAUGAACGAGUACAACGCCCUGAACGAGGCCAAGCAGAUGAUCGCCAUCGCGGACGAGAACCAGAACCAGCACCUGGAGCCCGAGGAGGUGCUCAAGUACAGCGAGUUUUUCACGGGCAGCAAGCUGAUGGACUACGCCCGCAACGUGCACGAGGAGUUCUGAGCCCGCAACCCCCACCCCCAGCCCCAGCCCCGGGCCCGGCUGCCGCCGCCGGUCCAGCCCUGCCCCAGGUGCGCUUGAGCGGCCGGCCCGGGCCGGUGCCGCUGCGGGCCGGUGCCCCCCGCGCGGGCGUCUGACUUCCGGGCACUGGGCACAUCGGGGCCCUGCGGGCUCACCACGCUGCGGGGCGCAGCGCGGCCCCUGCCCCUUCCCCGCUGGCAUUGCGUUGGCGUGUGCUCUGCGGGGGGCCUGCGCCGGCUGCGGGGGGUUCCUGCCACGACGUUCCAGCUCCGAAAACACAAGCACUUGUGACGAGAAUCUCACUGAUGUACGUUAAGAUAGAGUUCGCCUAGCUUCAUUUCUUUGUUGAGAAAAAAGCUCAUAAAAUGAUUUUGGAACGUU